UAUUUUUCAAAACUUGUAAUCUUGUUGUUACAUGGAUAAAUGAGCAAAAUUUACAGUAUGAAACACUGAUACACACAAUAUUUCAGAAGUGUCAUUGAGUUUUUCUGUUUUUGUAAUAAGUAAAUAACACUCCGUUAUUCCAUAACUGAAUGUCUUAAUAAUAAUCGCGGGAAAUCCGUAAUACUCGGCAGCAUUGCAGAGUUUAUUUCUUCCAGCUAGACACAGCAAAAAUCCACAAGGCAGGUUAAUUCUACAGUGGCCCGAAAGCCUGCACAUUUUUUGUGUAAUUGAAUCAGGAAGAUCAUUUCCUUGAGCAAUCAGAUGUAAAAUUGGGUGAAGGGUCAUUUCAUACAAAAAGUGAAUCUAAUAUGAUUUUAAUUAGCUUUUUAGUAAUAGGAGUUUCAGUUUGUUUAGUAUUUAAUUAGAUAGCAAAUGUGUAACUGUAACAGUAAUAUAUAUAUAUAUUAAUUAUAAUUACACAUUAUUAAUUAUGUGAUGUAAAACAAAUAUAGGUACUUGAAAUUAUAAUGUGUAGAGACCUGCAAAAUUUGCGGUUUCGAUGGCCUUCAGGAUAGACUGUACAUACCCCUUUACACUUGGGCAAAUAACGCAAGUUCAUUGGCUGCCGACUUGUAGGUCGUCUCAGCUGGUUUGUCUGUGAUUCAAUCCUUCUUUGGUUGAGGGUUUUUAAUAGGCUUCUGCGAGCAGAAGAUUUUCACUUCGAGUCGAGCUCGAGCGAGUUUGCUAAAAUACUCGCGAGUAUCGAGUCGAGUUCGAGUUUUUUUUUUUUUCAGUUUAUUGCACAUAAAUUUACUGUGAUGGAGUAAUAAAAUGUGAGAACUUUUGAGAAAAAUAUGGAAAUAAAAAAAGAAACCAUUAUCAUUGUUAGCCUACUAAAUAGAUAGACCUACAUUAGAGGUCUGCGAGCCUAAGAAUUUUACUUUGAGCCAAGCUCGAGCGAGCCUACUUGAAAGUUCUCGAAGCUUGAGCUUUUGUGAUACAGUUACACUUUUGGGAAAUUAUUUUUACCUUAAACUUAGUAGGUAUAAUGUUUGAAUAAAGUAUUAAAAUGAAGUGGGCUUAUUAAUUUUGGGUAACUAUUUACAGAGUGCUUUUAUAAUUUGCACUGCUAGGGAAAAAAACAUGUUUUCCAUUGAAUCUAACCUGUUUCCAUUGGUUCAUUAGUAACUGAUAUCAUCCAACUAACAUAACCACAGUUUACAAGUACGUAUAUGUUUGUGUAAAUGUAACAUAACUUUGGAAUAAUUUCAUCCUUGUCAAUUUUUCUGGAGUCCUUACUGAGCUUCAACUAACUGAGCACCAAAAAUCAUGUUGUUUGAAAAGUACAUUCACAUUGUUUCAACAUUUCCACUUUUCUGCACAAAAAUUCUGAGAGAGAUUGUCAUAGAGUAUUAAAUUCUGUUCUUCAAUCUAUCAUGCAGAAAAAUAAUUUGUUCUGCACGUUCAGGAGUUAAAUUAGCUCUACGAUUGGAGAUGGUGUUUACAGCAGAUGAGAAGCAUCUCUCGCUGGCAACCUGUGUGGCUGGAAUGCUUUAGUAAAAUUGUUGGUAAAUAUGUAGAGUCGCGGUAUAUGCGGAAAAAAAAUGCUAAAAUUCCGAAAAUACUUUUAUUCUAUGCUCUUUCACUUCCUCUUUUCAAAUCAACCGGCGGAGAUAAGAAAUUCCAAAUACUUUAGGAAUAUCGAAUUUUUUAAUUUUCAUCACAAUACCUGGGUAUUCAUGCGGCGAUCACCAUUGUUUCUGGUUUACGAGUAUCUAUUAUGUUUCUUAUUGGACAAUUUUGUCACGUGACAGUUCCGUGAUUGGCCAGUAUUCAAAUGAACCAAUACGUGAUUAUUUAUUUAUUUAUUAAUCCGUCGGAGGUAUCGCGACGUAGGUGAACGACUACAUCAUUUCCUUCUAAUGGCAAAGGAAAUGUACCCGCCUCCAACUUAGGUGGGUUUUUAACGUUUCUAAUUUUAAAGUUUUAUUUUUUAUUUUGAUAUUGUCCGGGUUUGUUAGGUCAGGUCAGUUACAUUAUAAAUACUUUAAAACUAAAGAACCAUUGAAAUUAAUUCACAUUAUUUUUUAUGUCCGCUUAGUUUGAAAGUAUUAAUAAUGUAACUGACCUGACCUAAUCGACCAUUUUAUUUAUUACGCAUUCACGAACACACGGCAAAAUAACAAAAAUGGCGUCGGUCUAAUGGUUGUACAGGUGUUGUAUUGCAAAAUUAAAAAAUUCUAUAUCUCCUAAAGUAUUUGGAAUUUCUUAUCUCCGCCGGUUGAUUUGAAAAGAGGAAGUGAAAGAGCAUAGAAUAAAAGUAUUUUCGGAUUUUUAGCAUUUUUUUUCGCAUAUACCGUUACUCUACAUAUUUACCAAAUUGUUUAACCUCGAAAUUAGUGUCAAAUAUCUGUAACUUGUCAUUAAGUUUAAUCAAUUUAAAGUAAUAAAAAUAGAAGCAUUUUACUUAAUUCAAUUUACACUUGCAAAAAAAACUUACGCACAAUAAACCUACAUGGAAAUUAAAGUCUUUUUCAAUGUCCUGUAGUCUGAAAUAUGUUUACUCAUGUCAUCAAAUGUAGAGCUGUACUGAAGAAGCCGAUUUUGCCAAUAUUUAGUUGAAUCGGCAUUUCUGCCAACUUCCAAUACUCUUGUUAAUUUUCGGCCGAUAUUACUGAAAAACGAAAGAGACUGCCAUAACCUAAAAAUCCACUAGUACCCUUUUCACUUUUCGUAGUAGUACUGCAUUCUUUCAGAUCGCAUUAUUUCUUAGCAACAUGUGCCAACCGUACAUAUCAAGAUUUAACAUCCUUUUUUUUUAAUAUGUCCUAAAUAAAUACAUUACCAUCACGGUAAAUACACAUCUCGGUUAUUACGGCAACUAUAGUGCAAAUGUGGUAACUAUCAUGCUUCUGCAGUAGUUAUGGUAUCCACAAAGAAUCGUUAGUUCUUUUUAUGGUAAUUAUCUUAAGAUAACUAUUGGAAUUGUACUGUAGUUAUGGUACAUCAUCCAUAUUUCUUCGUAAGUUGUUGUUCAUUUGUCUUUUCUUCAUAUUUAUAAUUACGUGCGCCAUUACUGGCAGGAACUUUCAUAAAAAUUUUAAACGGGACUUUAUAUCACACAUUUUAUGGCGUAAAUGAUGAGACCCCGGACAAUUUAAACGCUUUUUACAGUAAAAUGCGGGAAAUGUUUCCGCAUAAAGCGGGAAAUACUUCCGCAUAAAGCAGGAAAGUGAUACAUUAAAACUAUGCGGAAAAUUAUUGAAGUAAAAAAAAUUCAUCACGGAAAUUCGUAAAUCCCGGGUACGUAAAAAUGAUGUGUUCAUGUAUACGGUCGAUCAUGUUACAUUAUAAAGUAAAGGAUAAUAGUGUUGUAAGACUUUUAUUCCCUUAUAAUGAGAGUCUUUUUUUUUCUAUAGGUAGAGUGCAAGAAAAGCUCGCUCGAAUUUCGAGUUGUUGAAAAGCCACGAGCUCGAGUUCGAGUAUUACUAAAAAACUCGACUCGAAACUCGAAUUUCGAGUACUCGCAGGUGUCUAGUUUUUAACUGGUUGAGAUUCGUCCAGAUGAACAGUAAGCCAAUAGCAAAAUUAUCUAAGAGGAAAUUUCAAAGGCAGAGUUGAUUUCUCCCUGACUGCUGAUGUGGUUAAAGAUCUGAGUCCGGAAGCACCCCUCAACCAGCGCUUGAAAAUUUUAAAGGAGAUGAGCGAAGCUGUUCGGAAGAACUACAUUGAAGAUGUGUGUGCACGGUGGUGUGGAGAAGCUGUGGGCUUGCGUUAAGGAUCUCUUGCAUCCAGACGUUGCGAAGGAGUAUCGCCACUUGGUGUUCUCGUUUUUCCGCUGCCUCAUCCAAGGUCAGUACGAGAAUCUGGGCAUUAUGAGGACUCAUUUCUUCAAGCUCAUCAAGACUCAUGAUGUGGAGGAGGACACCGCCCCACGCCUGGAGUUGCUGAUAAGUCUUACAGACAGUGGCAAAGACGUAUUGCAUUUCGAGGAGGAGAUAGGCCCUUUCUUGCUGAACUGGAUGCCGGAAGUCACUCAGAAGGGAUUGACUAAGGACUUUCUGGCUAUGCUGGUCAAUGUGAUAAAGUUCAAUGCAGCUCACAUCGAUGAGAAUGUCCUCGACGGACUGCUUCAGAGCACCUGCUUCUUGUGCUCGUGGAGCAGCUCACAGCCCGUGGUGCUGGAGGGCCUGCAGGUUCUGGACGCAUUCGUCUGCUACAGCAACCUCCCCGUGCAGUCCCUGACGCCCUUCAUCAUCGCCCUGUGCCGGACCGUGAACGUCGAGGCCUACUGCCAGAACAGCUGGAAGAUAAUGAGGAACCUCCUGGGCACUCACCUGGGGCACUCGGCGCUGUACACCAUGUGCCGCCUGAUGCAGGACGUCUCCUCGUGGCCGGACGUGGUCCUGCUGCGCGGCGCCGUGUUCUACAUCAACAUGGCGCUGUGGAGCGACAAGAGGAUAGGGACCCUCCAGUACACUGCCACCUCCGUGCUGCCGUCCAUUCUUGCUGUGCUGAGUUGUGAAAACUUAUUUGUUUCGUAUGAAGUCAUGCUUGGUAUUCAGAGUUUAGUAGAGAAGUAUGGACUGGAACUUAGAGAUCCAUCAUGGGAUAUUGUACUCUCCAUUAUUGAAGCUAUUAUCGAGCAGAUUGAAGCACCUCUUCAAGACAAUGAAAAAGUGGUAAAUCAGCUGUCAGUAGCUACUCAUGUUUACGAGACUGUGAACACCAUAGAACAUCUGAUUGAACAGAGGAAGUUCUGGGGCUCAAAGAGAAGAGUGUUUGAACUUAUUGAGAGAUGUGCACCAUCACUUCCCGAGAUCACAGUGCUUCGGCUGAUUGACUACCUGUCCCCGUCCUUCACCCCGAUAUCCCCGGAGUGGAUCCACCGGUUGGGACAACUGGUGGAGCGCUACUUCAAGCAGGACAAGAGGACAAACGUGCGGGUCAAAGCCCUCAAGGUCCUGUCGGACGUCUUGCGCAUUAACAGUCCUGUCUACGAGGACGACUUGAUUGAACGCAUUGUGACUCCGCACUUCAAUCACAUUGAGUCUGACCCGGACAUCAAAGUGAGGAUUGCUGCUGCAGAGCUGUUGGCAGACUUGUGCUUCACGUGUGAAACCAAGCGAUGCAUAGAGAUAAUGGACAUCCUCGAGAAGAUCAUGAACAGGCCCUUCGAGCAGUACCCGGAAGUGGUGGUGACCAGCGAAGCUGACGUGAAGGACGUGAAGACGGUCGUCGAAGGACUCAUCAGGAUCCUCAAGGAGAAGCUGUACCACCUGCCGUCGUCGCACGCCCUCAGGGCCUACAAGCUUCUGGUGUCUCACCUGGAGGCGCACUACCGCAAGCCGUCCGUGCUGGAGUACAUCAGCAGCAUUCGUUACAGCGUAUUUGAGUGCUUCCUGCAGAUGCGGGCAAACGCCCAAUACAAGCUGGGGUUCCCGCACCCGGAGUCGAGGAAGGUGCGCUUCAGCCCGUACCUGGCGGUGGACCACAAGGACGGCGAGCGGGCGGGGGGCUCCAGCUCCCCGCCCCCCUCCAGCCCCGCCCCCUCGUACCCGCUCUGCACCGUCACCCACGUGUCGCUGCUGCAGGCCUGCAAGCUCUUCAUCAAGUGCCUCAAGCAGGAGAAAGAUUGGAAAGUUCUCGGUCUUAUCCUGCAAGAAGUUCCUCAGGUGAUGAAGAACAAAGCUCUCAUCUUGUCGCGACACGGAAAUGAGAUUGAUUUGUUGGCGAGUGCCCUUUGUGCCAUGGUGAGCGACAAAACCCUGGGGCUGCCGGACACGCUUCGCAACGUGCCUGCCAAGUUCACGCGCUCGGAGUUCCACUCGUACGUGCUGCCGGUGCUGGCGUCGCUGGCCUCGUACCACGGCUACCUGGAGUCCGGCCACCAGCAGAGGCUGAUCAAGUGCCUGGAGUUCGGGCUGGUGUCCCGCUGCGCCCGGCAGUGCAUCGUCGCGCUCACCAUCUGCGCGCUGGAGAUGCGCGACGCCAUGUUCAAGCUGCUGCCGGAGGUGCUCCUGAACCUCUCCAAGAUAUCCGCGACGGUGCACAUCGCCAUCCCUCUGCUCGAGUUCCUCUCCACUCUCACAAGACUGCCGAAGGUGUUUGCCAGCUUUGUGCAAGACCAGUACAUGUCCGUGUUUGCCAUUUCAAUGCCGUAUACAAAUCCUUUUAAGUAUAACCAUUACACUGUUUCACUGGCGCACCAUGUCGUAGCAGUGUGGUUCCUCAAGUGCAGACUGCCAUUCCGGCGAGAUUUGGUGGAGUUCAUCACAAUGGGGCUGAAGGCAAAUGUGAUUGUGCCAUUUGAAGACAACAGAAUUUUCAAGUCGGACCUGGUGAACGAGGACUCGUCGAACCGCAAGAGGAGCUCCAGCCUGACCGAGCAAGGCAGCCGGCGGGCGGUGCGGGCAGUCAGCGGGGCCGGUCGCAUGGACGGCCGGCCGACCGAACUGAAGCCGGCGAUGGACGAGGCCCUGAUGAACUUCCACAUGGAGCUGACCGAGACCUGCAUCGACCUGAUGGCCCGCUACACUUUCUCCACUUGCUCUGCCUUGCCCAAGAGACUGCCGACUUCGGAGUUCUUGCUAGGCGGAGGCCAGUCCAUGAGCUGGUUGCUUGGCAACAAGCUGGUGACGGUGACAACGAGCGGUUGCAACCAGAAGGUGCUGAGAAACGGUCUGUGCGACAAGUGUUGGACUCUCUGCAGGCUGGAGAAAGAACCCACGUCGCCAGAAGCCAGUACUGAGCAAGAUGGGCGGCCUCAGAAACCAGGCAAUCAUCGACAAAGCAAUGACGCCACGCCGCUCGCCAGCCAGCCUGCGAAGGACGGCGGGACCCCGCGCCCCGCGGGGAGCACGGCCGCGAGCUCCGUGUCGUCCACGCCCGCCACAGCGGCCACCUCCCCCGUGGAGGAGAAGAGGAAACCUCUGGGCGCCGACACGCUGCACACUCACGAGCCCGAGCCUCACAAGCUGGAGCAGAUAGUGUUCGGCUCCCAUGAGCCCGAGAAGCAGGAGCGGCAGUUCUGUGCGUGCUGGUGCCAAGGGUGGGCCGAGAUUCACAUCAGGAGACCUACAGGGGAUAUGUCUUGGGUGAUGCGCAUACAGAACCACUUCAGCUACCAGCUGUCUCCUCCGGACUUCCCUCUGGCAGACAUCUCCACUCUGUUCAUGCCCUCUCUGAACACUCGCAGUGAGCAGCUGGAAGACUACAUAUCCGGCCACAAGCGCAUCAACAGCGAGAACCUCCCAGAGAGCGAGUACGAUGCCAUAUUAGAUCAUCACUUCGAACAAGAUACUGAGGGUUUAACGAAUUCACACCCUGUUCUCGGCGUAAAUACUGGGCCAUCUGGGCCAAUUCUGAUUCCUGGUUCACCUAUGAGGCGUGAAAUUUCACGGCAGAAUUCAAGAGACAGCUUGGAUUGUGAUGGUGAUCUAUAUGAUGGUGAAGAAUCAGGCAAGUCACGUAAUCCCGUCCGGCGAUCCAACUCCAGUCCGGAAAUGAGCUCCACCUGGAAGAACCCGUUCCUGCACCGCGAGAAGGACAAGAAAGAGAGCAAGCUGCUUCCAGAGCGAGAAGGCUCAUCCGACAACGAAGGCAAGCAGGAGCCCCAGGUGGAAGGGAAGAAGCCUGCGAAAAUCAAAGAUUCUCGCAGGGUGAGCUGCGAGGCGAUCCCGGAGGAGAGCGCGGGGCAGGGCACGACUCCCCCCACCUCGGGCAUGCUGUCCGCGGCUGCCUCGUCAGGGGGCCGCCACCCGGGCCACCCGCCCCUCCAGGCCUGCCACUCGUACCCGGGCUCCGCGGAGGAGGAGCGCCCGCCGUGCGUGCCGGAGGCCGGCAGCCACACUGUCCCCCCGUCCCCCACAUCGCAGUCACUGUCGCUCCUGCCCAUGACGAGCACGCCACUGAACGGCAGCGCGAAAGGCCUGCAGCCUGUGCCGCAGCCUCUUCACGGCAGCGAGAUGCAUCAUGCAGCGGCUGAGGUCAAGUCGCCUUCAGAAGUAGUUCAGCAGCUGCAGACAUCAGGGGGUCAGCUGUCUCUCAACACUUCUAAUGCUUCCGAUAAGGUAGUAAAGGAUGAUCUCACUCGGCCAGAUCCAUCAGCUCUGCCCCCGCUGGCCUUCAAACGAGGUCGUGGGCACACAAUCUCAGUAAUGUCACCAGUUAGGAAGCCUCGUAUUGAGUGGAGUCAUGUCCGCGAAGAUUCCCCUCGAACUAAAGAUACUCCUCGCUCAGGCAUCAGUCCUAGCUUCGUGUUCCUGCAGCUGUACCACUCGGCGCACUUUGGCAGCAAGUGCGAGAAGCCCCUGCUGGUGUCUCAGAGCCAGGUGGUGCAGCGGGCAGUCAAGAAUCUGGACCGCAUGCCGCCCUACGAGACCCACAAGAUAGGGGUGCUGUACGUAGGGCCCGGCCAGGCCAGCAGCGAGGCGGAGAUACUCCGCAACCAGUUCGGCUCCCUGCGCUACGCAGAGUUCCUGCAGAGACUAGGGACACUGGUAACACUGAAGGAUGCCGCUGCUCAGAACAUCUUCCUCGGAGGUCUGGACAGUGACGGCAACGAUGGCAAAUAUGCAACUAUAUGGCAGGAUGACAUCACUCAGGUGACAUUCCAUGUGGCUACGUUGAUGCCAAAUAAAGAGAAUGACCCACUUUGCAAUAGCAAGAAGCUUCACAUUGGCAAUGACUUUGUUUCCAUCGUGUACAAUGAGAGUGGAGAGGAUUACAACAUACAAACAGUCAAGUGCCAGUUCAACUAUGCAUGCGUGGUGAUCGAGCCGUUGGAGCACAGCACUAACCAAGUGACAGUCAAGACGCGGGACGAUCUCAUGGAACACAUCGGCCACAGCGAACCCAAGAUAGUGUCUGACCAGAACUUGGCACUUCUCGCCCGUCAGCUGGCCCUCCAUGCUGACCUGGCCUCCAUGAUAUCUCGCAGCCUCAAGGCAGAAGGACAGAAUCCUUUUGCGUCGAACUGGCUGGAGCGCUUGCGCCAGAUCAAGCGUUUGCGAGUGAAGGUGCUGCAGGAGAACACCGGGUCAAGAGCAGACGGCGUCGGCGGCUCUUCCGACAAGGAAGUUGGUUCUCCUCCACGGCGAAUCCACAUGGACGAUUUCACAGAAUACACUUGAGUAUUGUUCCGAACGUGAGCUAGCAAUUAUUUUGUACUUCAAAAUCGUUCCUAUUAAUUCACGUUAAUUUUGUCGCAGCUUGCAGUAUGCCUUUGUUCCUAAAACUAGAUGUGCCAGUAAAAUAAUGUACAAAACCAAA